UCAAUAAUGCUACAAGCGAUAGCUUCAGUAUUUAAGUAUAUGGUUAGACUAUGUGUGUGGAUGUGAACGUUUUUUUUUUUUUUUUACAUCACUAGCAAUUUCCUAAGUUUAGACGGUAACUUCAGACAUGUUGUAGCCUGUCUCAUAUAGCUGAUAAAUACCCUGAGGUGCUGUGGGUUUUAUAUCAGUCUAUUCAAUCAAACCCCCAGUAAGAUAGCCUACUUGGAAAAUAAUGUAUUAAGAUUUAGGAUAAACCAAAAAAAUGGAGACAUGCUUGCCUAUUAACGAACAAGCCUGGAGUAAGGCGGAUCUUCAGAGGCUAUUUUCUGGUAUGAAAGGCAACAUACCAAAAAGGGACAUGAGUGCAUACACUCAGAGGCAAAAGAAAAUGAACUGGGAGAAAGUGGCAUUCCAUCCAUAUACAGCAGAAAUGUGUGACAGGAAGUGGAAAGAGCUCUCAAAAAAGAUUCGUAAGAGUCGUACUCUCUCUGACCUGAUCAGUGAUGCUGAGGUUGCUAUUGACAGUCCGUUCAAGGGAGAUAACUUGAAGGUAUACGCUAAAGGCCUGAAAAGACCAUGUCCUCCAAACGCCAUCUUCUAUCAGGAGAAGCACAGAAUGUUUGAGGAGCAGUACCCAGAGAUGAAUGCUGUUGAAAUUUUGAAGUUGACCAACAAAGAGUACAAGGGUCUUCCAGAGGAGGAGAAGGGUAUAUACAUCGAGAAGUUCCAGGCAGCAAAGAAACGGUAUACAGAAGAAAAGGAACACAGAAGAAAUCUGUGUCUGGAUUUAAUUGGUUUAUGUAGUCCUGUGACACUUCAUGGACUCCCGAACAGCGAUGAACAGGAGUCUUUGCCGGCUUCCACAAAAACAAUAGAGGAGUGCCCCAUGGACACACCAACUAAGGCCAACAAAGAGCCUUCCCUGGGCAUCUCAAAGCCAACUGACCCAAAGGAGAAUAAAACACUGUUUCCUGGUGAACCCAAGAAACCACCUGAAUGGGGUAAAACAUUGUUCUGCAAUGAGCAAAUGGAGAAGUUAGAAUUGCAUCACCUCAGUACCAAGCAACGCCUGGCCAUGGUCAGACCUCGAUGGAAGGAGCUAAACAAGAAAGAGAAGGAGGUCUACCAGAGGAGAGCAAAGAAAAGUGUUCUGAAAUACUCAGUGGAGCUACAAAUCUGGUUCAGUCAUUUGUCAGCCAUCAAGAAAGCAGAGUUCUUGAAGCACAACCCAAGAAAACAUGCCAUUUUGAAUCAUUCCAAGUUCUGCAAAGAAAAAAAAAGAACAAAAGAGUCACAAAGGUCCAGGAAAAGAACAUCUGACUCGGAAGAUGAUGGGAUCGAUGACACGUCCAGUGAAGAGAGUGAAGAUGACAGUUCUGAUGAUGAGGAUGAGAACGUGAGUGAUAAAGAAGAGUGCCUGAAACAGAACGUGACAGCGAGCUCCAGUGAUGGUUCCAGUUCUGAAGAAGAUUGAUUUUUUAAAGGUUGGGCUACAGUGACUGAAGGCAAGGGGACUGAAAUCUCAGGCCAGUGCUGUUAAGAUGGUGUGGCACUCGAGUUUUCGCAAAUGUAAAUUUGUAUGCAGUUUGUUAAUGCAUACUAAAAUAAAAAUCGAGUGAAAAUGUU